AUGGCGCAGCAGGUACUCAGCUUUUUGAGCUGGUUGGCACCAGAUGUGCCCAGCAAUGAGGAUGCGAAAGACGCUUCAAACAUCCACACACCAAUGUCUCCUGGACAGCAAACCAGGCUCUACCAGUUCGCAAUUGAUGACAUUAAAGGAGUCAAAUGUUAUUACAGUUUGAUGUAUGACUUGAAAUCUACUCGCGUACUAUUUGCCGCGAAAACCAAAGAUGGAAUCAGGGUAGGGAUAUCUGAUUGGGAAAUGUUCAUCAAAGCAAAGGGUGCUAGGGGCGCAGUCGAAAAGAUGGAUGAGGAUCUGAAAGAACUCGCAAGCAAAUACGGGCUAGCCUGGGAUGAGGGAUUGGGCACAGCUGAUGUCUUGGAGAAUGAGCGGAAAUGAUCAACCCCAUUUUGCAUCCCUGAAAAUUGUAUUUUAAGUAUAGUCUUUGG